CCUCCCCCAACACUAACCUCUACUCUACACUGCUGCCCAGCUAUAAAAGGAUACAUUUGGUGUAUUCAACAAUAGGCAGGAAAUCACACAAUGCAUCUGGUUUGAGAUGGUGAAAGCAAACGAAACUUAGGUAGGGUACUUCUUUUUGUUUUUUAAGCACACCUGUAACUGGUAUGGAAUGGAAACUUGUCUUGUCAGAAAAACAUAAAAUGAUUUAUUUUUGGAAAAGCAUAAUCCUGUUGAGCAUUUCAUGUGGCAGGGCAGAGCCAGUAGCCCAGCAGGUGAAAGGGAUUGUGGGUGAAUCGGUCACUUUGACUGUGGAGAUACCAAACCUGCAGCCUGACACUGAAAUUGACUGGAGAUACGGGUCUGAGAAAACAGACUGGCUGAUUGCAAGGGUUCAGAGAGGCAGAAUUGAAGUUUAUGAGGACAGAUACAAAGCGAGGCUGCAGACAGACAACACGACAAGCGCUCUUCAGAUUAGCAGACUGGAGAAAGAGGACAGUGGACAUUACAUUGUGGAAGUGUACAGAAAAAUCAAAUUCCAGAAAAUAUUCCUUUUGUCCAUUUACGAUGCAGUUCCUAUCCCUCAAGUUAACAGGAGCAGUGAAGCCAGGGACAAUGAUUAUUGCAUUCUUCUGUGUUCAGUGACAGAAAGCAACAAUGUGCUUCUAUCCUGGCAAAGAAACUGGACUGAAGUGACUCAACCGAGCUCAACAAGCACAACCCGACUCCAACUGUCCAACUACGAACUACAGGGGGAGAACUCUACCAACACAUACGCCUGUGUGGCCAGCAACCCAGUCCACAAUCACACAGUAACCUUCACGCCUUCAGAUUACUGCCCUAGCACAGCGAUCAAAGAUUCUGUAUCCAGCUGGCUCAGCACUGAGCUGAUAGUGAGAGUGCUGCUGUUCACACUGCUGACUGCAGCCCUGAUCACAGUGUGUGUGUGGCUCUACAGGAACUGGAACAACCUCACCACACACGGGUACUGGAGUUACAUAUAACAGCAGUGAAAGGAGGAGUGUUGCCUGAGGUGAAACAGUGUACCCAAUGCUGCAGAUUGUACCACUGUCCAUUAUACCAGCCAAGCAAAUAUAAACCCAAUAAACGCCACCAUUUAAAAAAGCACUUGGAUGUGCAUCUAAAGGGUGCAGUGCAGUGUGAUGGUUUGUUAUUUAAUGGUUUUUACAUGCAGCAUUGUUGAAGGUUGUUUAAUGUAUUUAAUGAACAAUAUGAAUUUCAAGUAAAAUAUUGUGCAUAAAGUCAUUAAUACUUAUUGUUUACAUCUGUUUAUAAAGAAUGCUCAGGAAUACUCACUUGCAAAUACAGUAGGCUCCAUAAUUAUUCAUACCCUUUAUUCAGUGUAAAUGAAAUGGGGGGAUUAAAUUAAAACUUGACCCACCAGCUAAUCGCAAAGUCAGAAUUUAAUGGUGGCUGUAUUUAUUAGUAGAAGAAAGUGUCCACUUAUGAUAAAUCAAACUGCUAUAAAGUACAUAUUUCUAAUUUGGUUUUAGUGGAUGGGUCUAAAUGUUGAU